AUGACUCCGCCUCCUCCCCCUCCUUCCAUGGCGCCGCCCGGGCUCAUUCAUUCCGCGCGGGUCCUGCCAGACACCUGCGCUCUCCUGCAUCCGCCAGCCAUCACCACUGCCGCCGCCGCCACCGCCGCUGCCAGCAUGUCGGGCUCUGCCACCGAGGCCCCGUCUGCCAUUCAGAUCUGCCGGAUCAUGCGGCCGGAUGAUGCCAAUAUUGCUGGCAAUGUCCACGGGGGAACCAUCCUGAAGAUGAUCGAGGAGGCAGGAGCCAUCAUCAGCACCCGUCAUUGCAACAGUCAGAAUGGGGAGCGCUGUGUGGCUGCUCUGGCCCGCGUUGAGCGCACCGACUUCCUGUCACCCAUGUGCAUUGGUGAGGUGGCCCAUGUCAGCGCUGAGAUUACCUAUACCUCCAAGCACUCUGUGGAAGUCCAGGUCAACGUGAUGUCUGAAAACAUCCUCACAGGUACCAAAAAAUUGACCAACAAGGCCACCCUCUGGUAUGUUCCCCUGUCGCUGAAGAACGUAGACAAGGUCCUCGAGGUGCCCCCUGUUGUGUACUCACGCCAGGAGCAGGAGGAGGAGGGUCGGAAGCGGUACGAAGCCCAGAAGCUGGAGCGCAUGGAGACCAAGUGGAGGAAUGGGGACAUCGUGCAGCCAGUCCUCAACCCAGAACCGAACACCGUCAGCUACAGCCAGUCCAGCCUGAUCCACCUUGUGGGGCCUUCGGACUGCACCCUGCACGGCUUUGUGCAUGGAGGUGUCACCAUGAAGCUCAUGGAUGAGGUGGCCGGGAUUGUGGCUGCCCGCCACUGCAAGACCAACAUCGUCACAGCUUCGGUAGACGCUAUUAAUUUCCAUGACAAGAUCAGAAAAGGGUGUGUCAUCACCAUUUCGGGCCGCAUGACCUUCACGAGCAACAAGUCCAUGGAGAUUGAGGUCCUGGUGGACGCUGACCCCGUGGUGGACAACUCACAGCAGCGGUACCGGGCUGCCAGUGCCUUCUUCACCUACGUGUCCCUGAGCCAGGAGGGCAAGUCGCUGCCUGUGCCCCAGCUGGUGCCUGAGACAGAGGAUGAGAAGAAACGCUUUGAGGAAGGCAAAGGGCGGUACCUGCAAAUGAAGGCCAAGCGGCAGGGCCAGGCAGAGCCCCAGCCCUAGACAUCUGCCUCGUGUGGGCCUCAAGCAGCCAAUGAAGGGACCCAGAGCAUCGAAUCCCUUAGGAGUUGUCCCCUCCGCCAAAAACCCAAUUUACAUUGAGAGCUGGUGUUGUGUGAAGUGUUUGUAACGCAGUGUUAACCUAUAUACUCUGUCCUAAAAACGUAUACACCAAAGCUUAUUUAUAUCAUUCCAGUAUAAACGCUGCACAGUGUUGUCCCCACACCCAGGGCCUUCCAUGGGACCCUGGGGAUACCUCUGUCACUGUCAAGUAUGUGAGGAAUCCAGCAUCACUAAUAAAGCUUCUAUUUGGCUGGA